GGAGUAACUGUGCUCUCGCUGCCGCCUUUCUCCUUCUCCUCCCGCCGCUGCCACCGCUGAGACGUGCGGUCUCGGACGCCCGGGGCUGAGCCCGCGUGCGCCGCGCCCUGUGGCUCGGCUUGGGGCAGAGGACUCGCCCCGACCCUCCCGCGGAGGGCCCCCUACCCUCCGCUUUCUCGUAGUCUGGCGGCCCCGCGGCUUCUUCCUAACAGCCUUGGACUGAGUCCCCUUGAGUCUGGGACCCUCCCGUCGCCCUCUAAGGAGGAGUGGACACCUGCCGCUGUAUUCCCCUAAAACGGGGGUUUCUCUCUGCCGAUUCCUCACACCCACACUGACGACCGAGAGCUGCACUGUCCCGUUUUGCUUUCUUUUCCAACUCGAGAACCUUCCGACCACCGCUAGUUCCUACUGGUCCCUGCCCCUACCCCCGUCCACGCUCACAGGGAGACAUCCUUCAGCCCCAUACAGACAGGGCCUGGGUCGGUGCCUGCGGGCCCCGUCUUGGUCACACCACCUCUCUGAUACUCCUCAUCCUCCGUCCUCUUCCCCCUCGGUCCGCUUGUCACCCCUUGGAGCCUCCGCCUGACCAGGGGCUAUGAGUACCCCCUACCCCAGGAUGUGAGCCUCUUUAACCUGUAAUGCUGUGGCUGGCCUUUGGCCCCUUCCAUGCCAUGGAGAACCAGGUGCUGGUGAUUCGCAUCAAGAUUCCAAAUAGGGGCGCAGUGGACUGGACAGUGAACUCCGGGCCGCAGUUACUCUUCAGGGAUGUGCUGGAUGUGAUAGGCCAGGUUCUGCCUGAAGCAACCACCACAGCAUUUGAAUAUGAAGAUGAAGAUGGUGAUCGGAUUACAGUGAGAAGUGAUGAAGAAAUGAAGGCAAUGCUGUCAUAUUAUUAUUCCACAGUAAUGGAGCAGCAAGUAAAUGGACAGUUAAUAGAGCCUCUGCAGAUAUUUCCAAGAGCCUGCAAGCCUCCUGGGGAACGGAACAUACAUGGCCUGAAGGUGAAUACGCGGGCCGGACCCUCUCACCACAGCAGCCCAGCAGUCUCAGAGGCACUUCCAAGCAAUAGCUUAAAGAAGUCUUCUGCUGAACUGAAAAAAAUACUAGCCAAUGGCCAGAUGAAUGAACAAGACAUACGGUAUCGAGACACUCUUGGUCAUGGCAACGGAGGCACAGUCUACAAAGCAUAUCAUGUCCCAAGUGGGAAAAUACUAGCUGUAAAGGUCAUACUACUAGAUAUUACACUGGAACUUCAGAAGCAAAUUAUGUCUGAAUUGGAAAUUCUUUAUAAGUGUGAUUCAUCAUAUAUCAUAGGGUUUUAUGGUGCAUUUUUUGUGGAAAACAGGAUUUCAAUAUGUACAGAAUUCAUGGAUGGGGGAUCUUUGGAUGUAUACAGAAAAAUUCCAGAGCACGUCCUUGGAAGGAUUGCAGUAGCUGUUGUGAAAGGCCUUACCUAUUUGUGGAGUUUAAAGAUUUUACAUAGAGAUGUGAAGCCCUCCAAUAUGCUAGUAAACACAAGAGGACAGGUCAAGCUGUGUGAUUUUGGAGUUAGCACUCAGCUGGUGAAUUCUAUAGCCAAGACGUAUGUUGGAACAAAUGCUUAUAUGGCACCUGAAAGAAUUUCAGGGGAGCAGUAUGGAAUCCAUUCUGAUGUAUGGAGCUUAGGAAUCUCUUUCAUGGAGCUUGCUCUUGGGAGGUUUCCAUAUCCUCAGAGAGCUCUGCUGCCCUGGAAACAGGCUGAAGGAACUUUGGAAAAGAUUCAGAAAAACCAGGGAUCUUUAAUGCCUCUCCAGCUUCUGCAGUGCAUUGUUGAUGAGGAUUCGCCCGUCCUUCCGGUUGGAGAGUUCUCCGAGCCAUUUGUACAUUUCAUCACUCAGUGCAUGCGAAAACAGCCAAAAGAAAGGCCAGCACCUGAGGAACUGAUGGGCCACCCGUUCAUUGUGCAGUUCAACGAUGGAAACGCCACAGUGGUGUCCAUGUGGGUGUGCAGGGCGCUGGAGGAGAGACGGAGCCAGCAGGGGCCCCCCUGAGGCCUCGGUGGGGCGCUGAAAGCCAGGACUGGUCACCAAGGAGAAAGCCCACCUGUCACGCCCCCCUUUGGUUUGCUCUCUGUAGCAGAAGAGCUUUGCUGGGCCUGAGCUUCCCUGCUCUCACCCUCGACUGUGCUGGCAGAUGCCCUGGCCUAGGGAGCCGUCGGGGGAGCCAGCCCUGGCCAGGGGGAGCCCUCACCCCUCCAGCUGGGAGGCACCGACUGAGAGGAAGGCCGAAGGUUGGAGGCAUCGAGAACAGAGGCUUCCUCUGCCGCCGCCCCUCUUCCUUCUUCCUAACGUUUUUUCUGUAAAGGGUCAGGU